CUUUCAGAUGCUAAGCUUAGUUCUCCUGAUAUCUUCUUGUCAGGAGGCUUGGAACUUAAUAUUAGAUUUAAAGGGAGCAAAGAAGUUUCUCGAGUGGUAGUGCAUAUUAAAGGAGAUAAUACGUAUAAGGUUUAUAACUUGGAAGAAGAACAAGAUGCGACCAAGUGGAGUUACAAAGACAGACAUUCACAAAUCAAACUCGGUGAGACGAUUCAUUACCAAAUCGUGGUAUGCAAGAGGGGAUAUCCUAUGGAAUCAAUGUCGGAUACAGUUAUAUUGUCCUCUAAAACUUCAAUGGCUCCAUCAUUCAGUAUCAGAAGUGUCACAGUUUUCCGAGAUGAUUUUAACCAUUUUGACAAAAGCCAUUAUAGAAUAGAGGUGGAUGCCACCGGAGGCGGAAAUGGUGAAUUCCAAAUAUACACACCAGAACACCAAAAUUUGUACACUGCUAAUGGUUAUUUAUAUAUUAAACCUUGGAAUGCUAAAGCUAUGUCUAACGGAGUUAACCACGGUAUAACUCAGAUAACCUCCGCACUACACUGGGGAACGGAUCGCGCACAUAAGCGCAGCAAUCAUAACGAGAGACAAUCUAAUGGUGGUGACUGGCAUAGUUGGCACACAUAUUCCUUAGAAUGGACAGCUCAGCACAUUAUUUGUCCGGUGGAUAAUCACGAAAUAUUACGAGUCAACACGCCCUCUAACGGCUUCUGGGAAGCUGGAAAUUUUUCAGGCACCAACAUAUGGGGAGAUAAUAAAAAUGCACCAUUUGACCAACCUUUCCGGGUCUUGUUGAACGUUGCGGUCGCUGGCCUGGGUUUUUUUUCUGACCGCUACCAAUAUGAUACUCCAAAGCCCUGGCGCAAUGACUCUCCUCAUCCAAAGAGAGAUUUCUGGGAGAAAAGGAAUGUGUGGUUACCUACAUGGCAAGGCGACUAUGUUGCGAUGUUAAUUGAUUACAUCGAAAUGAUUCAGUAUUAAAAGAUUUCUAUUAACUAUGAUAUGUAUAAGCAUUAUUAUUUGGAUAAGCUUUUUUCGAUGUCAUUUUUUUAAAUGAAAAAUAACCCAUAAGGGAUGCAAACAUUUGCGUCCUUUAAUUACAGACUAAUUUCCUUCCUCAUCUACAUGU